AGUACAAUGAUAAUUGAGUUGAAGUAUAAGUGUAUUGUCAACCAUUACCUUGCACAUUGAGCUAUCAAUAAAAAAUGCUAAUGUACUUCCUUGGCGUGGGGAGCAAGAAUCUUGUUAAUCAAUUUAAAUACUGCUUUAGUCAGACUCUUGAGGUUGGUAACGUAUAUAUAAGAACACACUACUUGCAAGGUCAACAAAAACAUUACCAAAUACAAUUCAACACAACACAAGAUUCCAUCACUUAUAUCAAAGAGUAGCACCUUCUGUUUAUAUCAUUUGCACAACAAACCGAAGAGAGGCUAUGGAUAAACCACGUCAACGCAACAACAAAGUCUCCACUUGUCUUGGUAUUGAUACAGACAACAAAGCGAAGAAACAUGACUUAGAGGCUGAGAAGCGACUCAAGAAGGUGGAGAAAGAUUAUAUCCACGCAAGCCAAAAGUAUACAGAAGCAACAUUACAGCGGUGGAACUUACGCUGUGAGAGAGAACGUGCUAUCAAUCUCUGCUGCUCGGCUGAAAACUUCAAGAACUACUGCAACCAGCUAGUAGAGAAACUUCAGAAGAUUCUUGACAAGCUACCUACAUCAGAAACAAAGGAAGUCAUCGAUCAUGGCGUGCAAUCCUCGAUUUUCAGUGAUUUUAGAAAGAUUAACGGAGAGGCACGCUACUAUCAAAGAAAAUUGCCAAGGAUUAACAGCAGAAAAGCUGUAAAUGAUCUUCGUAAGGAGGUUAGAAAGAAGAAGACGUGUAGAGACAAAGCUGUUUCAAAUUUUGCAUCGGUUUGUAAUCCCACAAGUCAUGACAGUUUGAGAAAAUCUGUGGAGCAGGAGAUAGUUGUUGUAAAGAAGCUGAUAAGAGAGAUCCAAAAAGACUUUGAAGAAAAACUGCAUAUAGAGCAAUAUGCAAUAAAUGUAUAUGAAUGCAUCGAACGGAAGGUGAAGCAUUUAGAGGUGAAAAAGGAACACUUGUCGGGGCAAAGGGACAUCUUGAGGCUGAAUAUAUCAAAAAGGAACACGAUUGUGACUGAUUUGCCGCCUAAGCGGGGCAAAAAACACAUCUUGAUGCUCAAUAUUUAAAAAAGAAACAUGCUUAUGAUCUAUUUGCCGUCUAAGUGUACAUUAAUAUUUACCAUUGGGUUGUGAUAUUUUAAGAUGGGGCUUGGAGUGUAUAUUUCACUUUUUUUCUAAA